GAACAACACAAACACAUUAUGCACAACACACUGUAGACCAGACAUUGGUUUGGAAACAGAAAACUGUUAUGAAGAGGAAUCAUGUCACAGCCGUACCAGCCUUAUGACAAGUCUGAUGUCAUAGAAGGCCGUCUGACCAAUCAGGAGCGUACGAUGAGCGUGCUGCUUGAGCAGGCGUUCAGGAUCAAGGAGGAGGUGGUGGCCAGUCUGCACUUCACCCAGGGCUCUGUCCAGUCAGAGACCUCCUCUCGCAGGCUGCUGGAGAGCCACAUCCACACCAUCACACACAUCGUCAAACAGCUCAGCACUGACAUACAGGUUCUGAGGAGUCAGAUAGCCCAGCGGGACAGUGUCACCUCUGGGACCUCUUUUGCUAUGCAGAGUCUGGAUCACAAAAACCUGGCUGGUUUUGGUGACCUCAGGGGCAGGGUGGCCAGGUGUGAUGCCAGCAUUGCCAAGCUGUCAGGUGAUGUGAGCGACAGGGCACAGGAGAUCGCCAGGCUCCAACAGGAGGUGUCAGAGGUCAAGUCAGGUCUGGGAGAGCGACUGAGAGAGAUAGACAUCAAGCUGUCUCAGGCAGUUAGCAGACUGGAGGUGUUGCUGGUGGACCAGACCCACGGCCAGAGAAACAGCUGGACUGACCUGCACAGCCAAAUCAAGCUCCUGGAGGCCAAGAGCUCUGGUGUGGUAAAGGAGGCGAGGGAGGACACAGACAGACUCAGGAUGUGGACAGAGCAACAGCUAAGCAGUUCAGCACAGACACACAGACACAGCAGUGAGGUGCUACGGUCACUACUGCAGGACAAAAUGGUAGUGGAGGCGGAUGGGAGGCUCAGUGAGCAGGUCAGGCUGCUGUCAGUCCGUGUGGAGAGAGCAGAGAUUCAGCUGGAACAGGAGCACCAGGCAGACAGGGUGAAGCACUCGAAGAGGAAACUCCACAGUAGGAUCAGCACAUUGGAGACCAGCUUCCGGGAAGAGCUGCAGCUGAUCAAACAGGACUACCAGUCAGGGUUCCAGUCUAUCCAUGAUGCCAUAGGCUCGCUGAGGCAGAUCGGUGACACCAAAGCCCGGCUGGACAAGGAGAAGCUGCAAAAGGACAUCAAACAAAUCCGCAGGAAGAUGGUGGAGCUGAGAGAUGUGUGACGCCACAGGUCACACAGGAGUGUGGUACUGCAUGGUGAAACAGACCAGUAAUGAAAUUCCAUACUCAAAAUUGUCAAUGAUUGUGAAUGACACAGAAGUCCAUGAUUACUGGGAUCCACAUGGUAUAGUAAAGUGUGCAACACAUCAGGGAUUAUUAUGGGAUGCUUUCACUUUGAAACCUUUUCAAAUCACUGAUUUAAUACCAGAAAUAGUUCAUCGGAAGAAAAUCUUGAUGUUAUUAUAUCUCAUCUGAAAUGAAUAAAGUUCAUCAUGAAAGUACAACUUAGUAAUAUUGACACAAUCAAGCAUGAGAAUUUAAUUCCAAAUGCACCUGUCAUCUCAAAAUGGCAGAAUUUAUUGUUCAGGUACUGUGUCAAGAGCUGAAGGGUAUAGUAUUUCACAUUAUUACAGCACUAUAUUUCAGCAAAAUGCAUCUCACUUCCAGCUCCUAUGUCAAGGAAAAAACAUUUGACUGUUGAGAUGAAGCCAAACGUCUGCUCUUUCGAGUUGUUACAGUUGCCCAGUUGCUACAAUCUAUUGUUGUCUACGAAUUGUCUCUGGAAAUCGCCUGCACAAAUGUCUAGCCUGCUCCAGUUGUAAAUGCAACUUGUUCAGGUUUCCACUGUACAUCCUGAAAUGCAAAAGAUACACAGCAGUGCUGCGCAAAAGUAUUUGCCCCCUUUUCAAAUGUUCUCUACUUUUGCAUAUUUUGAAUACUGAAUAUUCUCAGAUCUUCAACAAAAACCUAAUAUUAAUUAGAUAAAGGGAACCUGAGUGAAAGAAAUAACACAACAAUGACAUACAGUACCAGUCAAAAGUUUGGACACACCUACUCAAUUAAGGGUUUUCUUUAGAUUGACUAUUUACACACUAUUGACAUUCUCUCAACCAGCUUCACGAGGUAGUCAACUGGAAUGCAUUACAAUUAACAGGUGUGCCUGGCUAAUUUGUGUAAUUUCUUUCCUUCUUAAUGAGAUUGAGCCAAUCAGUUGUGUUGUGACAAGGUAGGGGUGGUAUACAGAAGCUCUAUUUGGUAAAAUACCAAGUCCAUAUUAUGGCAAGAACAGCUCAAACAAGCAAAGAGAAACAACAGUCCAUCAUUACUUUAAGACAUGAAGGUCCGUCAAUACGGAACAUUUCAAGAAGUUUGAAUGUUUCUUCAAGUGCAGUUGCAAAAACCAUCAAACGCUAUGAUGAAACUGGCUCUCAUGAGCACCACCACAGGAAAGGAAGACCCAGAGUUAACUCUGCUGCAGAGGAUACGUUCAUUAGAGUUAACUGCACCUCAGAUUGCAGACCAAAUAAAUGCUUCACAGAGUUCAAGUAACAGACACAUCUCAACAUCAACUGUUCAGAGGAGACUGCGUGAAUCAGACCUUCAUGGUCGAUUUGCUGCAGAGAAACCACAACUAAACACCAAUAAUAAGCAGGGACUUGCUUGUGCCAAGAAACACGAAAAAUGGGCAUUAGACUGGUGGAAAUGUCCAAAUGUCUUUGUUAAAUGCAGAGUAGGUGAAUGGAUGUUCUCCGCAUGUGUGGUUCCCUCCGUGAAACAUGGAGGAGGAGGUGUGAUGGUGCUUUGCUGGAGAUACUGUCAGUGAUUUAUUUAGAAUUCAAGGAACACACAUCCACAGCAUUAUACAGCGAUAUAACUUCCCAUCUGGUUUGUGCUUAGUGGGACUAUCAUUUGUUUUUCAACAGGACAAUGACCAAAAAUACACAUCCAGGCUGUUUAAGGGCUAUUUGACCAAGAAGGAGAGUGAUAGAGUGCUGUAUCAGAUGACCUGGCCUCUUCAAUCACCCGACCUCAACCCAAGUGAGAAGGUUUGGGAUGAGUUGGACCGCAGAGUGAAGGUAAAAGCCAUCAAGUGCUCAGCCAUCAAGUGCUCAGCCAUCAUAAGAGUCCAGUCUGCUAGCAAAACAGUCCUUUAGCUCAGUAUUUCCUUCAUCUGAACUCUUUUUUGGUCUGGGGCGGUGUCACAGCAUCAUCGGACUGAGCAGUCAAUCUCAACGCUGUGCGUUACAGGGAAGACAUCCUCCUCCCGUAUGCGGUACCCUUCCUGCAGGCUCAUCCUGACAUGACCCUCCGGCAUGACAAUGCUACCAGCCAUACUGCUCGUUCUGUGCGUGAUUUCCUGCAAGACAGGAAUUUCAGUGUUCUGCAUGGCCAGCAUAGAACCCGGAUCUCAAUCCCAUUAAGCACAUCUGGGACCUGUUGGAUCGGAGGGUGAGGGCUAGGGCAAUUCCCCCCAGAAAUGUCUGGGAACUUGCAGGUGCCUUGGUGGAAGAGUGGGGUACAUCUCACAGCAAUAACUGGCAAAUCUGGUGCAGUCCAUGAGGAGGAGAUGCACUGCAGUACUUAAUGCAGCUGGUGGCCACACCAGAUACUGACUAACUUUUGAUUUUGACCCCCCUUUGUUCAGGGACACAUUAUUCCAUUUCUGUUAGUUACAUGUCUGUGGAACUUGUUUAUUUUAUGUCUCAGUUGUUGAAUCUUGUAAUGUUCAUACAAAUAUUUACACAUGUUAAAUUUGCUGAAAAUAAACGCAGUUGACAGUGGGACAUUUAUUUUUUUGCUGAGUUUACUUUAACCAGUUUAGACAAAGGGGUCAAGGUGUUUAAAUGACCAUUUGACUCAAGCUACAUAUGCUCAGUGUAGGUCAAUGAAUGCUAGUAGCAUCCUAAUGUAUUUUAGCAUCAAAUGAUGUGCAAUGGGUUCUAGUUGAUCAAAACUUGAUGUUUGUUUACUGGGUUGUAGAACUGAGUGUUUGGGGUUGGUACAUGAGGAUGUUGCUAGAAUUACUCUGCUGGGUGUAUACUAGUCGUGAGUCUCCUAACUGACUUGGUUUCCUAUUAGUGAAUGCUUACAUGUAAAAAACAGCUCUUGUGUCAUUAGCCCAUCGUUUGAGGGGUUAGUCUUCAUAUGCCAGUGAAAAUUCAAACUUUUACAUUAAGUCAAUGUUAUCCUGUCUGUUAUCCAAACUUUUACAUUAAGUCAAUGUUAUCCUGUCUGUUAUCCAAACUUGUACAUUAAGUCAAUGUUAUCCUGUCUUAACUGGCAGGCUGCUAUCUGGUCCUAGCUCUCCCAGAGUUGCUUGUAGCGCCUCUAACCCCGGUGAGGGCGGGAACAGAAUUUCCCACCCACUCCGUUUUAAAUGGUAUAAAUCAUUGCGAGAAAUGGGUAAAUGUAAUGUCUGAUCAUACAGGCCUUCUCUAUUGGCAUGAUGAACGCUCAGGGUGUGCAUCGUAGUCAACCGUAUUUAUAGUCACCAUGAAUUCAAAGCGCAUGUACACGCAACCUUGACAUUCAAUUAAUACAUUAACAAAAUUGGCUCAAACUUUUGAGCUACGGGUAGGCCGACCUGAUUUAAUUCCAACAAAAAAAUGUCUGUGGCAAAGCUUUACUCAUUUAUGCCGAACUGAAUUCAGCCUGUUUUGAAGCAACAAGUUUUGGCAUAUGCAAAUGAUUUUGUUUGUUACAUGGUAGCCCUACCCGGUUAUUUUAUGUAGCCUGUAGCAUAAGUUUGUGUAUCGAAUGUUAUUCUACAUUUGUUUGGCUGGGUCUUGAGAAUCAGUCAGCUACAAGUCUGUUUUUCCUGUUGAAAAAUGUGAGUACUGGAUGUAUUUUUGUCUUGAAUAAAAGUAAUCAUGGAGAAGAAUAA